AUGGAACAGUUAGAUAGCAUUGAAGGAAAGUUAUUUUACAAAAUAUAUAUGUUAUGUAAAGGUAAUUAGAUAAAUGAGUAUUAGAAAGGAAAAUUAAAAGGUAAUUAUAUACUAAAUGGUUAUCAAAUUAGAUUUAGUAAUUAUGAAAGACGAAAGAAUUGGAGUAGCCAUGAAUCAAUAUUUAGAAGAUAGAGAUGAGUUUCGUUUACUUGAGAAUUUUCAUAAUUAUUCUUGUGAAGAAUGUUCUCCAAAAAGUUUUAACAAUUUAUCAGACGAUGUUUCAAUUGGGAGUUCUAGUAAGUACAAAGGAAAAAGACCUGCUAAAAUGCAAUUACCUUAGAAGACAUUUAUGAUAAAUUUAAGGAAGUAUGAUGAAUAAUUUGUUGAAUUUAGAAAUACUGAUAUUACUACUAGUUCUAAAGGAUUUUAUACAAAUACAGCUAGAUCUGGAGGUAAUAGAAAUUAUUCAAAUUUUAAUGAGAGAUUCUAAUAAUCUAAUUGGAGUGAAUGUGAAUGAUU